AUGUCUGAUGUCCCACCGAAUCCGUCCGGCCUCUCGGCCAAGGUGAACAAGAAGCGCAAGAGACAGGCGGAGGAAGCUCCCAAGGAAGAUAAAGCUGCACCGGCCAAAUCUACCAAUAAUAAUACCUCGGAGGCAGCUGAGGGCCCUCAAAAGAAGAAGAAGAAGAAUUCCAAAAACAAGCAGAAGCAACAAAAGAAGAAGGAGCAGGAUGAUGAUCCCAAACAGCAGGAGCGAAAAGGCGCCAUCGACGAGUCUAUCGGCAAGAUGGACGGCCGGUUGCUGGCUGAUCACUUUGUCCAGAAGGCGAAGAGACAUAAUAAGGAGCUGACUGCGGUUGAAUUGGGUGAUCUGAGCGUUCCAGACUCGGCAUUCCUCGACACAUCCUCUUUCGAAUCACCCAGAUCGCUAGACCAGCUUCCUGCGUUUCUCAAAGCUUUCAGCCCCAACAAGGGCUCUGGACUUUCAAAGGCAUCGGAGCAAAAGGGCACGCCGCAUACGCUAGUGGUAUGUCCCGCUGCGCUUAGAGCAGCUGAUGUGGUGAGGGCUCUCCGUACGUUCCAGAGCAAGGAUUCGACAGUCGGCAAGUUGUUCGCAAAGCACAUCAAGCUCGAGGAAGCAAAACAGUUCUUGCAGCGCGCACGAACAGGCCUUGGAGUCGGGACCCCGGCCCGAAUUUCAGACUUGAUCGACGCUGGGAGCCUCAAAUUGGACGAACUAGAGCGCAUCGUGAUUGACGGGUCCUACAUUGACCAAAAACAGCGUGGCAUCUUUGACAUGAAGGAAACGCAUCUCCCACUCCUCCAGUUGCUCACUCGCUCCGAGUUCCGUGAACGAUAUGGAGCAAAACAGAAGCGGAUUCAGAUUUUGGUAUUUUAA